AUGGCUCCCAAGACAGCAUCCAAGACCGCCACCAAGACUGGCAAGCAGGCUAACGCCGCUGCUAAGGCUGCCCUUCGUGGUUCGUACGCGAACAAGAAGCGCGCCAUCAGGACAAGCACCAGCUUCCACCUGCCCAAGACCCUUGCGCUGUCCCGUACACCCAAGUACCCCCGCAAGUCGAUUCCCCAUGCCCCUCGCAUGGAUGCAUCGACCAUCUUGAUCCACCCUCUUAACACCGAAUCUGCCAUGAAGAAGAUCGAGGAGAACAACACCCUCGUCUUCAUCGUCGACGUCAAGGCCAACAAGCGCCAGAUCGCCGCUGCCCUCAAGAAGCAGUACGACGUCUCUUGCGUCAAGAUCAACACCCUCAUCCGUCCCGACGGCUCCAAGAAGGCCUUCGCUCGCCUGACCGCUGAUGUCGACGCUCUCGACAUUGCGGCCACCAAGCUCAACCUCGUUUAA